CGGCAGCCGGUAGUUACCGAAACACAAACUCCUUAGAGGAACAAAGCUUUCGCGCGCAUUUUUCUAUAUUUUUUGUCCGAUUCUGGAUCAGUCAACUCAUCAAUCACCAAGCUAGCAGAUCAUAAUUAUCAAGAAGGGUGGAGCAACCUCGUUAUGACGAUUAGAUUUUGGACGAAUUUAAAAGCUCGCGCUCUUCUUCUGCUCGGUUCGCUCUUCAUUUGCUUCUUUCCGGGAGUUUUUUCUUCAGGAGUUGUUACACUCAAGUCCAUCCAGAUUUUUAAAACCCAUGAAUUAUUUAAUGCGAAACCAACAGUUUAUUUCCAUUGUGAAGGGGAGAACAGGACAAUUUUUCCAGACGUGAAGAAAACAGAUGUUGUAUAUACUUUCAAGGGUGAGGAAUCUUGGCAGCCUCUGACAGAGCUUCCUGAUAAGAAAUGCAAACGAUGUGGGUUGUAUGAGCUGGACAUCCUGAAACCAGCUGACGUAUUUGAUGAGUGGGAGUUUUGUUCUUCUGAUUUUCUAGAUUCUGAUGGGACCUAUGUGCAUUCCAAGGACAAGGAAUUCGAUGCUACAUUUUUGUGCCCUCAGUGUGUUCAUCUUGAAAACAGUUCUGAUCAUGCAUCUGGCUCACAUCAUGGAGCAGAUACAGGAAAGAGAAUGCACGUGCUUUUGGUAAUUUUAAUCAGUGCAAUAGUUUCAACUGUAUCAAUUCUUGGAGUGGUUGCUGCAUAUAGAUAUUGGCAGCGGAGGAAGAGGGAGCAGGAUCAGGCACGGUUCCUAAAGCUAUUUGAAGAUGGUGAUGACAGUGAAGAUGAAUUGGGUCUCGGACAAGUGUUAUGAAGAUAUCUUGUGUCCGAUUACAUAUACACACGGUGAAGAUGUGUUUUGAGAAGAAAGUUGUUUUUAUGUUGUAAGCAGUGAAUGCCUUAGGUUGUAACUCUUAGUUGAUUAGAAUUUUCAUGAAUAACAUGAAAAGUAACCAAGCAAGAGACAGGCAAUCCUAAGCAUUUCCUUGCAAAUUUUUGUAGGUUGCUGUGUAAAAUGAAUUAGCAAGUGCUGCUUGUAUACACAUUUUGAGACAAAACAAUCAAGAAAAGAUGUAUUUCGAGAA